AUGUUGAACAAUAUGGAUAUGAAUGCAAAAGAUUCUUUUUACCCACAAUUUGACAACUGCAGCGGUUCUUCUUUGGGAAUGGAAAACGCAGCGCGGAAAGAUAACCAGGAGGUGUAUGUCGAUGCAGAGCGGGGGGUACCUGCCCAGUUUGGACACGAAGGAGCACCUGCAACCCUUAAAACCGAGGCUUCCAACUCGGAAUUUGCUUUUAACCCCUGUGAGUGCCCCAAAGACACCUACACUCCCUCUUCGCUCGCCUACUCCGGCAGUUUUUAUGUCGAAGCAUCUCAGGGAGCGCCGUGCAGCACCGAAACCCUCCUCAACAUGAUCACUGAGAUCGUGGGCAUCUCCACGCUGCCGCUCUCAGAUGCGCAACAGAGCGGCAACAGUCGGGGGACUUAUCCAUCCCCGGCGCCGCUGGACAGCAGCAAUGGCAGUUUUGGGGACUCUGCGGUUAAGAGGCAACCAUACACCUGUUCGGGACCCGACCCCCCCGUAUACUCCUCCCCGGAUCAGACCUGCCCGAGCUACACGGACGACCAGGCCGGCCACCAGGCCCAGGACCCGGCUGCUGCUGCCCAUCAGCUCACCUUCGGCUCCUCCCGAGCUCCGAGCCAGAAAAAGCUGCAGGAACCAAAGUCAGAGGCGGCCACUUUCCCCGUCGUGGUCAAAAACGAGUUUGAAAGCAGCUGCUACGAGUGGGGCACGUUUAACAAUAAGUCUGACUGUUUGGAGACGAGUUUCCAAGCAGAGACGUUCCCCAUGUCAAGCGAUUUCCCCCCCGAGCAGCAGAUGGAUGUAAAGGACCUUUUGGACACGUUUCCUCCAAUUUGUCCCAAUAACCCAGCUGAGAUGGAGUUUAAAGUGGAGGGGGGGAUCAAGCAGGAGCCGUGCUUCUCUGACACCUGUUCCCAGAGCUACUCCAGCCCCCUGUACAACACCUACCUCCCCCCGCCACCCAUGGGCCUGAAGCCCUUCCCGGAGCCCCCGCAAGCACCCAACCAGUGCGACCCUUUAUACGCGUCUCCAUCCUCCUUACCCAGCACCAUAGACUCCAUCCUGUACUCCUCCUUGUUGCCAGACUCCUUUCAACAGAGUUACACGACCAGUCGCCCGGCGAAGGCCCCCCGGAGCAGGAAGACCCCGGCCUCCUCCUCCCAGGGCCCCGCCAAGGAGAAGCCCUUCACCUGCCCCAUGGAGAGCUGCGACCGGCGCUUCUCGCGCUCGGACGAGCUCAACCGGCACAUCCGCAUCCACACGGGCCACAAGCCCUUCCAGUGCCGCAUCUGCCUGCGCAGCUUCAGCCGGAGCGACCACCUGACCACCCACACCAGGACUCACACCGGGGAGAAGCCCUUCUCCUGCGACGUGUGCGGCAAGAGGUUUGCGCGCAGCGACGAGAGGAAGCGGCACGGACGCGUGCACCUGAAGCAGAAGGAGAAGAUGGAGAUUAAGCCGCAGGUGACCGCCGGUGCCUGGCCCUUCACUCUCCCCGAGGGGAUGUGA